CUUUGGUGAGCAGGACCAGCCCCUCUCUAACAAAACACAACGUUGAGCCUCUUCUAAAAGGCAAAUUGUCAUUAUUGCAGACUGCCUCAACUUUCCAAACUGGAGAAAGAACAUGGGCCGGCAAGGGAACUCUGCAUAACAGUUGAAGCUACUUGAGUAGAGAAUCGACUCAUUCCAGGAUGGAUGCCUCCAUCAUACUGUCCGUGCUAAAGAAGAAGCUGGCUUUUCUGUCAGGAGGCAAGGACAGGCGCAGUGGUUUGAUCCUGACCAUCCCACUAUGCACCGAACAGACCAGCAUGGAGGAGCUCAGCACCACCCUCGACUACCUGCUGAGCAUUCCCAGUGAGAAGUGUAAAGCUCGAGGUUUCACUGUCAUUGUCGAUGGGAGGAAAUCUCAGUGGAAUAUUGUGAAGACUGUCGUGCUGAUGUUGCAGAAUGUGAUUCCAGCCGAGGUGUCUCUCGUGUGUGUGGUGAAACCCGAUGAAUUCUGGGACAAAAAAGUGACUCAUUUCUGCUUUUGGAAGGAGAAGGACAGGCUUGGCUUUGAGGUGAUUCUGGUGUCUGCCAAUAAACUUACACGUUACAUCGAGCCAUGCCAGCUGACGGAUGAGUUUGGCGGGAGUCUGGUUUAUGAUCACUUGGACUGGGUCAAUAAAAGAUUGGUCUUUGACAAAUUCACAAAGGAAUCCACAUCCCUGCUGGAUGAACUUACCGUCAUCAAUGAAAAUGAGAAAGGAAGCCAGGCAGACAAGGACAGGUCGACAGAGAGCAUCAUUCUGCCUUCAUUUGAUCCUGAAACAGUCCUUCAAACUGGACAUGAGUUGUUGUCAGAGCUUCAGCAGAGGCGGUUCAAUGGUUCAGAGGGUGGAGGAGGAGGAGGUGGUGGUACGGCCUGGUCACCAAUGGACGAUGAGCUGCUUGCUCAGCCUCAGGUCAUGAAGCUCCUGGACUCUCUGCGGGAGCAGUACACCAAAUAUCAAGAAGUUUGUAGACAGCGCAGCAAACGCUCGCAGCUAGAGGAAAUCCAGACCAAGGUCAUGCAGGUUGUGAAUUGGCUGGAGGGCCCCGGCACAGAGCAGCUCCGCACACAGUGGGGGAUUGGAGACUCGAUCCGUGCAUCUCAUACAUUACAGCAGAAGCACGAGGACAUCGAGAGUCAGCACAGCGAAUGGUUUGCUGUUUACGUAGAGCUGAAUCAGCAGAUUGCAGCACUGCUGAGCGCAGGAGAUGAAGAGGACCUGGUGGAACUCAAGGGUCUUCAGCAACAGCUUAGUGACGUCUGCUACCGUCAGGCCAGCCAAUUAGAGUUCAGACAGAAUGUCCUGCAGUCUGCACAUGAGUUCCACAUGACAGCCCAAGACUUGUCUCAGCAGUUGGAUGGGCUUCUGGGCUUGCUCUGUGCGGACGUUACCCCUGCAGAUGGAGCUGCAAUCCAGCAAACUCUUAAACAUCUGGAGGAAAAGCUCAAGAGCGUAGAGGGUGCCUUGCAAAACUUGAGAGAAAAAGGCCAAGUGCUGCUUGACCAAAUGUCUACCCAGACUUCCUGGUCAUACGGGAAGGAUGUAGCCACUGAAAACAAAGAAAAUAUCGACCACGUUCACAGCGUCAUGGAGGACAUGCAGCUCCGCAAACAGAGGUGUGAGGACAUGGUUGAUGUGAGGAGACUGAAGAUGCUGCAGAUGGUUCAGCUCUUUAAGUGUGAGGAGGAUGCUUCACAGGCAGUGGAGUGGUUAGGAGAGCUGCUCGACGCUCUCUUGAAGACCCAUAUCCGACUUGGUGAUGAUUCACAGGAAACCAAAGUGCUGCUAGAGAAACACAAGAAGUUUGUGGAUGUUGCACAGAGCACCUAUGAUUACGGCAGACAGCUACUGCAGGCCACAGUGGUGCUGUGCCAGUCUCUGCGCUGUACCACCCGCUCCUCGGGAGACACACUGCCCAGACUCAACCGUGUGUGGAAGCAGUUCACAGUCACAUGUGAUGAGAGGCAGCACAGACUGGAGAUGGCCAGCGCCUUCCACACUGCUGCUGACAAGAUUCUGAGAGAGAGCCCUGAUUUAGCUGAACUGAUUGUGGAUGUGGAGGUAUAUGAAGAGGUGGAGACUGUGGGGAAAGGUCUUCUGGACCGACUCACUGUGCCAGUUAUUUUCCCUGAUGGGAGCGAGCAGUUCUUUGGCAGCCCGGGUGAUAUGUCCUCUUCUGCUGAGAGCAUCCGUGACAGAAUGAAGCUAGUAGAAGAGAAGAGAUUCCUACAGGAAGAGACGGAGCAGCGACUGGAUGAGGAGGCUCUGGAAGCAGAGCCCAGUGAAAGUUGAGAACGUGACACCAUCCUUGGCCCCUUGUAUGAAGUAGCUCAGUCGGCAGCAGAACGCCUGAUCCUCACGUGACUUCUUUUGGUCCAGGAGAGUCCCUGGUCACCCGCUCUCUCUUGUGCUCCAACUCACCUAACCAUCUCAACUUACAGAGCGCAGUUAAAGAUAGACUGAGGCUCGCAUUGCAUUGCUUACGUGGACAGCUCAGUACUAAAUUGACCAUACUUCUUUGAACUUUCGCCUCCCUAUAAAGCUUUACCUUACCUGUUGGCUCUUUCUUGUCCUGUUGGGGUGUCUUGAGCUUGUAAUGGUGCUACUAAAUCUAUAGAAUGUACAUAAAGCUGCAUCUCUACCCCAAUUUGUACCUGGUACUCUAGAUUUGUAGGCCUUUCCUGAUUGACAGUAAGCAAUGUAUUUUGUAUUUUUUUCCAUCAAUUGUUUUCUGUUGAGAAUAACCAACCCUUUCUCUUGUGCCAAUAUACAUCUCCUUUGACCCUGAAAUUACAUGAGGGGGUGUCAGCAAAAGUACAACUGUCAAAGUUAGCCUUGAAAAAGGAUGUGACAGCAUGCUAGAAACAAGGGGUAGUUCUGUCAUCACCAAGACUUUUUAUCUGCUGUGAAACACAAAAGAUAUAUUUGCAUUGGAAAAAAAAAGAUGCAAAGAAAGUGAACGGUGAGUAAAUGAUGACAGAGUUUUUAUUUCUGGGUAAAGUAAUCCUUUAAAAUAUUGUAGUCCAAGCAUAAUGGUACAAAAAAGCAAAGCUUUAAGAUUCACUGUUCAGAGCUUUUUGACAGUAAAAUGUUAAAAUAAAUUAUGUUUCAUCUCAUAAAUGUCGCUCACAUGAGGACACUGCUUGCAGUUGGAUGCUUGUCAUAAAAUAUUAAUUACAUAUUUAUUUUAUUUUUUACCUUGCAUACCAUUUAAAUUGUAUAAUUUUGUGCCAUUUUUAAAGGCUAUAGUGUAUUUUAUGGAAAUAGAAGUUGUCUAAAAUAAAUGAAGAAAAUGUUCCGUAAUAAGAUCAGGAGAGGGAAGUUGUCUCAUUUGUGACUUGGUAAAUCUGGCGGGUUGUUACUGUUUACAGGACUUCUGCUACUGUAUGUAUGCUUUACAUAAACCUGCCUCAUAAAGUUCAAUGCUGUACAGGAAAAUUAUAGCACCCCAUUCAAUAAACAUGGGCAAUAUUA